AUAGAUAAAGUACAGCAGCAGGACCACAUGGAGGGACACAUGAGAGAUGAGGCCCUUUUCUCCUCCAUAAUAGAAGUGAUUUUCUAAUUCAGCCGCUGUCUGUACAUAAGUCUUACUUUUUUAAAAAAUAUUUGCCCUAAGAGAGGCAGUUUACUGUAUCCAGCUGGUCAACCAAGCUUCUAGCUGGACGGGGCACUAUGGAUGCUAAAAAUGUUGGUGACCUUCAAGCUUUGCUCAAUCUGUACAAACAGGAUCCAACGCUCUUGAGAGCAAAACAACUGAGCUUCCUAAGAGAUUCGUUGGAGAGCAUGGGGGACACCAUUUCAGGUUUCCAGAGAAUUGAAGCCUUUCCUCUGAGACUUGGUAAAGAGGAAGGGAAACCACCCGAGCAGCUUACCAGUGAGGAGAGUGAUUUAGAGUUGGAUGAUGAUGGAAUGAUCAAACCAGAUGAAGAUGAACCCCAGGAAAUGGGAGACGAAAAUGUGGAGGUUACAAAUGAUAUGAAAAGCAAAGCUGAGGAGAAGAAGGAGGAGGCAUAUGCUUUCCUGGAGGCAGGAGAACUGCAGAAUGCUAUUGAUCUGUUUACAGAGGCUAUCAAGUUGAAUCCGCAGUCGCCACUCCUGUAUGCCAACCGAGCCAGUGUCUUUGUCAAAUUGCAGAAGCCCAAUGCUGCCAUUAGAGACUGCAACAAAGCUUCAGAGCUCAACCCUGAUGAUGCACAGGCCUACAAGUGGAGAGGGAAAGCACAUAUGCUUUUGGGUCACUGGGAAGAAGCUGCUGAAGACCUUGCGUUAGCCUGUAUAUGGGAUUAUGAUGAAGACACCAAUGCCCUGCUAAAGGAAGUGCAACCCAAGGCCCUGAAGAUGAUCGAACACCACACCAAAUAUAAAAGAAAGCGAACACUGAAGAAGAUCCAGAAGAUCCAGGCAACUCUGGACUGGAUUAAGAGUAUCCUGGAAGAACAAGAAAAGGCACAGAAUGAAGAAAAUAUUUGGCAGUGGAUGACUCGAGCCUGUCGGAGGUACUUGGACUUUUUUAUGGCUGUUAUGGAUCCUAGAAUUAUCCUGGCCUGGCUGGACGUAACCUGGAACCCAAACAAUAUCUCCAAAUACCGGGACAACCACAAGUUUAUGAAGUUCAUUGGUCAGGUUGACUGAAAGUUGAGGCCAGCCAUAAAUAAGCCUUUCAUUAAAUUAAAUUGUAGUGAGUGGCACC